AUGGAAUGUUUAAAGACUCCGAAAGUCAUCAAGAAUGGAUUACCUAUACCUACACCUACAUUACCUAGUUAUGAUGGGUUAAUUCUGAAGAAAGGAGGAUGGGACUGGCAUACCAGAGUCGAUAGAGUAUUUUGUGCCUCCAUCUCUCCUCCUCAUUUUCAUGAGGAAAACCUUGCUACAACAACUUGGUGA